CACAGAGACCUUGACUGGAGAGAAGACGACGGCGAGAAAGGGAUCGGUCUCUUGAAGGAGGGGGGCGAAUUCGAAGGUAGAUGAGGUCAUCUCUAGAUUCAACGCUGAUACCUGUGGCGGUCUCCUCAUUCUUGGUGGAUAAAUGUCAACUCAUUCGCCCUCAAUCCACUUCCCGGUCUUCCCUCGGCAUCUCCCUCCCUCGUCGCCGGAUCCAAGGUUCUCGGUGGAGUGAUCAUGGUAACUUCGUUCAUUUUUAGGGUUUUGAUACAGGUUUUUGGCUAUGCUUAUCCAGCUUACAAGUGUUACAAGACCAUAGAAUUGAAUAAGCAAGAGAUUGGGCAGUUGCGUUUCUGGUGCCAAUAUUGGAUUCUAGUUGCAUUGUUGACAGCAUUGGGAGUAUUUGCUGAUAUAUUCUUCUCAUGGUUACCAUUCUAUUACGGAGCAAAGCUUGGAGCCUUCCUGUAUUUGUGGCAUCCCAGGACAAAAGGAGCAACAUUUGUCUAUGAAACAUACCUAGGGCCUUUUAUCGCGGAGCAUGAGUCUGAGAUUGAUAGGUCGUUGGCUGACUUUAGAGCAAGAGCCGCAGACAGGGGAUUGAUAGCUUGGCAGAUGGCUGCUAGCUACUUGCAGACAAGGGUUUCUGAGAUAAUGAAAUAUGCUAUUUCAUUGACGCCAGCAAAAAAGAUGAAUUCUAUAGAGCCACAGGAACAGCAGCAAGCUCCUUGGUUAGGUUCUGCAAUGCCAUCUGUGUCUGUUCGUCAACCGGCACCAUCUCAGCAACCGGCACCAUCUCAGCAACCUCGAAAGGAAGCAAGGUUUGAGCCCAAUCCUACCAAAACGCAGGCACGAGAACAGCCAACAAAGGAAUCCAUGUCUCUCCUGCCUUCUUCAGCCCAGUCCCAAGAGACAGCUCCUGAAAUAGACAGUUCAGAAACUGCUCGCAUACCCACUCCAGCCGAGGAACCAAUUGGGGAUGAGGAAUCCGGUUCUGAACCAGUUGAAGACUCAGAUCAGCUAGGUGAGGAGACACCGGCCCAGGCAGCAAUACAUGUAGCAAGCAACAGUUUGAGAAAGCGAGUUGCCAUUGCUGCAACCAGCCCUGCAUAGCCGUGUCUUCCUUGGUAGAAGGAUCCAAGAUUGUUUUACUCAACAACACAUACCAGUUCAAAUAAUACCAUGCCAAAUUAUGGAUUUGUGAGAGGUAUAUAAUUGAGAUCAUUGUGUGCAACUGCUCACUCUGCUUAAUAGUUCCUGAACUGGUUUGUUUUUGUUAUCCAUCUAAAGGUUUUGGUGCUGGGUUGGAGGUCAUUGUUCCACUUUUCUUUUUUUUUUCCCCUUACAAUACAAUGCAUAUUGCAUCAUUCUCGAUCAUAAUUCUUCACUUUGAA